AUGGAUAAGGGCCAAAUCAUGAAGACUAAGGAGUUUACAUUUUCCCCUAAAAUCUACAUAGUCCAUAUGAAGGAAUUAGAACAUGGGAGAGACAUGGCCAUAUUCAUGGCUGAGAAAGAUGACCAGAAAUCCCCCCUCACCAACACACAUAUAACUUGGCAACUCCUAGAAUUUAAUCCACUAAGUACUGCUCAAGAACUUAGGUUUGUAGAAGUUAUGGUUAUCAAUGCUGGGAAGAGCACACAUAAUGAAGACCAAGCCAGCUGUGAGGUCCUCACUGUGAAGAAGAAAGCAGGGGCCAUUACCUCAACCCCGAACAGGAACUCGGCUAAGAGACGGUCCUCCCUUCCCAAUGGGGAGGGGCUGCAACUGAAGGAGAACUCGGAAUCAGAAGGCGUUUCCUGUCACUACUGGUCGCUGUUUGACGGUCACGCAGGGUCCGGGGCCGCCGUGGUGGCCUCCCGCCUGCUGCAGCACCACGUCACGGAGCAGCUGCAGGACAUCGUGGAGAUUCUCAAGAACUCUGCCGUUCUGCCGCCCACCUGCCUGGGCGAGGAGCCUGAGAACACGCCCGUCAACAGCAGGACUCUGACCCGCGCCGCCUCGCUCCGCGGAGGCGUGGGGGCGCCGGGCUCCCCCAGCACCCCACCCACGCGCUUCUUCACCGAGAAGAAGAUUCCGCACGAGUGCCUGGUCAUCGGGGCUCUGGAAAGUGCGUUCAAGGAAAUGGACCUACAAAUAGAACGAGAGAGGAGUUCAUAUAAUAUAUCUGGUGGCUGCACGGCGCUCAUUGUGGUUUGCCUUUUGGGGAAGCUGUAUGUGGCAAAUGCUGGGGAUAGCAGGGCCAUAAUCAUCAGAAAUGGAGAAAUCAUCCCCAUGUCUUCAGAAUUUACCCCCGAGACCGAGCGCCAGCGACUUCAGUACCUGGUUGGGAGGAGUCAGAGGCUUGAUGUUGAGGUAUUCUUAACCCACUGCGCAGACCUAAGAAAAGGAAUUCCACACAGCUAAACAAAAUAACCACGAGAAUGUAUCCCUAAUUACUUUUAUUCUUAAAAAAGAACUGUCUUUCUGCAUAGUUGCUACACACAUAGAAUCUUUAGACUCUCUAAAACCCCUGUCCUUUGCAACAUUCUGAAGAAAAAGUUGGGCACAUAAAGCCAGAGCCAUCUGUCCAUAGGGUCCCUUAAAAGUUGAUCUGAGCGUAAAGAAGCAAGAUAGUGUCGUGCAUCCUUUAAAAAUGUCAAAAUAUGAUCUGAAAGAGGUAGCCAGCAUUCACUGAGGUUUACCAGGACAAAAGUUAGUUGUGUAUAAGAAGUUUUCUCUGCUCCAGUUGCUCCAUCGGUGAAAUCCGGUAAUUACAGGACCCUCCCAUGACUGGUAUGAGGACUAAUGAGUUAAUAUUUAUAGUGUGCUUACAACAGUGCCUAGAUCAGAGACAAAAUAAAAUCUCUUCGUUUCACAUCUGACUGUAUAUGAAGAACUUUUGUAUGGCCAUCCUGCCUUUGGGACUACUUCUGUGGCCUUUUAUAAAAUUUAUAAAUUCCGUUUACAUAUGCAAAGGGAUUGAAGAUAUGCAGGCACAUUCUUUUUGCUGACAUGAGUUGUUCUCUCUUCAGAUGAAUUCCUUUCCCAGAUUUUUACUUGGGAGGAAAAAAGCAUUAAGCAUAUGAAUAUGGAAACUUUAUAUGUUUUAUGUAAAUGAAUACUUUUUACCCCUUAUUCUAUACAUUAAACUGUUGUAGAGUUGACAAAUCUAGGCAAUUUUGUUUAAUAUAUCCAUUUGCAUACCAGUUUCCAUGUGGCUCCUUUAGCGUAAGCUAUAAAUUAUACAACUUUAGAGUUAUUUUAGGGGCAUGCUUUUCUCUGGUUCAUCAGUACAGUCCCAUGUAGAAAUUUAAAUGCGAAUCUUUCUUGACAUCCAUGUAGCCAGGCGGAAUUUUAUCAAUAUUCAAUUUCAUAAUGGCUUAUAUAUACAUAAGCUUGGUUCUUGUUAC